GAUCAAAUUAUUCUUAAAAAUAAUAAUUAGUGAAGCUAACUCCUUUUUAUGUAUAUACUCACACCCCCGAACUCUGCUGUAAAUGGUUACUGCGGUUUCCAUGGUUUCCUUAGUACACUGUGCUUCCAUGGAGCCACUCUGAUACCAAGAUAGAACUCUAAGCAUCAAGAUAGAACUCUAAGCAUCGAGAUAGAACUCUGAUACCAAGACAGAACUCUGGGCAUCAAGAUAGAACUCUGAUAACAAGAUAGAACUUUGGGCAUCAAGAUAGAACUCUGAUACCAAGACAGAACUCUGGGCAUCAAGAUAGAACUCUGAUAACAAGAUAGAACUUUGGGCAUCAAGAUAGAACUCUGAUACCAAGACAGAACUCUGGGCAUCAAGAUAGAACUCUGAUAACAAGACAGAACUCUGGGCAUCAAGAUAGAACUCUGAUAACAAGACAGAACUCUGGGCGUCAAGAUAGAACUCUGAUAACAAGAUAGAACUCUGAUACCACAAUAGAACUCUGGGCAUCGAGAUAGAACACUAAGCAUCAAGGUAGAACUCUGGGCAUCAAGAUAGAAAUCUGAUACCAAAAUGGAACUCUGAUACCUAGAUAGAACUCUGGGCGUCAAGAUAGAACUGUAAGCAUCAAGCCAGAACUCAGGACAUCAAGAUAGAACACUAAGAAUCAAGAUAGAAAUCUGAUACCAAGACAUAACUCUAAGCAUCAAGAUAGAACUCUGAGCAUCAAGACAGAACCCUUAGCAUCAAGAUAGAACUCUGAUACCAAGAUAGACAUCAAGAGAUCCUAGAAGUAGUUACAGCACAAUGCCUGCUGUUCACAAUCUGGGCUGCUCACUGUCCUUGUUUCCUGAAUACCAUGGAAGAAAUGUGACAUUUGUGAUGGGCUCUUUGGAGGGUGACCCUGUUAAAUUAAACCUCCUGAAGAAUUAUGUCUCUAAGGCUUUGCACAACAUAGUGAACAACGUGACGGCUUCUCUGUUUAAUAUCAUUUAUUUCUCGUGGGAGAUUACAAAAUGGUGUGAUUGUGCGGUGAGAUGUAACCCAGAUACUAUUGCCCAAGCAACAUCAUGGGUCCAAAGUCUGGUAUGCGAUUCUGGUGCCAGUGCUACUGAUGCCCUGACUGCAGCUUUCGAGGAUAGUGAGUGCCAGUCUGUAUAUCUAGUGAUUGAUGCUCUCCCUGGAACUGUGCUGCAGGGGAUCUACAGCUUGAUUGGCAGUUACAAGGAUUCCUGCUCAGUGACUGUGAUUUACCUUUUGGGAGAACCAUCUGAUAGCCAAACUGAGGGUUCCUUUAAAAUGAUUAAUCUUAAACCCUCAGGAUCUUCAACUACGGUUACUAAUGAUGGUCGUUAUCACAGCGACCACGGUUGCAUGACCCAAAACCAUUGUAGAAAAUCACCCACAUUGUACCAUGAACUUAGAGAGUUGCCAUUGCCCUGUUACUCGGCUUUUAAAAAGCAUUCAGCAGAAUUUACAGCAACCAGCGAUUCUGUGCACCUUCCACUUGAGGCUCUCUGUCUUUUCCGUGGAGCACGAGUUCUGGCACGGAGAGAGACUGAUGGGUUUUAUUAUCUUGGCCACAUCGUACAAGAAGUAGAGGGGUCCAAGGAUCGAUUUCUUGUCGAAUUUGAGAAAUGUCGCUCUUUAAAGGGCAAAGCUCAAUUCCGGAUGCAGGAGACCCAAGUCGGUUAUUUAAUUCACUAUGAAGAUGCCCGAUGGAGACCUUUAUCACCCGGAGACCAUGUUCUAGCUCCCCUGGAAUCCAACAUAGAGCAGUAUGCACCUGGAACCGUACUACAGGGCUCAGAGAGCAGGGAGCGCAGUUUAGCCUUUGAAAGUAAUGGCGUUCUAGUAACAUUCUGGAAUGGAAAGACGAAGAGAAUCCCUCCUGGAAUGGCUGUUUGGAUCUCUCAGCGUUUGUGCGACCACAUCAUCUUGGAGCUGCAUAUUCCAUUGGACACUCGUAGGAAGCUUGCACAAUCUUAUUCUGGAUAUCCUUUCCCCACACCUCUCGGGUAUAGACCUUCCAGUUGGCCAAUAGAAGAGGCACUGAAACCAUCCAAUAGUUUGGGCUCUCAUUCCUGCCUAUACUGUGGUCCUGAACAAGGUGUGUGCCUGAAAUGCCACAUGCCAGAAGAACCCUGGGCUGCUUUUCAAAGGUCAUUUACCCAGGUCUACAGCUCAGCAUUGAUAAAAAAGAAGGCAGGCAAGGGAAUGGGGAAGCAGAAGGUCCUACAGCAAGAUGUCAGUUACCAGGAGAAAACAAAAAAGAAAAGUACAAAGGUGUCUCAGAAGGAAUCCCCUUUCUGUAACAGAGGUUUAAAAAACAAAAUGCACCCUGGAGAACACUGCAGCCCAGGAAAUACAGAGCCUAAAAUAAGACAAUGCAGCCCUAUUAAGUCAGAGUUCAAAUUAACAGAAGGUGGCCUAGCUAAUAUUUCGUACAGAGAUUCGUCACCAAACAGUACAGGCCAUAUGACGCACCUACAGAAGACCCUACACAGUAUCGAGAAGGCAAUGAAAGAAGACCGUUUGGCUUUGGAAGCAGCAGUUCGUGAAAGGAGACCUAGAACCACCCCAUUGAUAUUAAAACAUGAGCUGAAAGCACAAAAAUCUCAAGAGCUCAAAGACCAAAAAGAAGCUGCAAAAAUGAAUCUCUUGAGAAUACAGGCUGAGCAGAGAGUGAGGAGUAGGGAGGAGAAGAUGCAAAAUAUGGAGUACAGAGAAUACAUGCUCCAGGACAGCAGAAGGCUACAGUCAGAACAACGACUCCAGCUUGAGGUUGAGAGGAAACAGGACCAAGAAGGGUUAGCAGCUCAGAUAGCAGAGACUCGCAGAGCAGCCGCUGAGGAGCGAUACAAGAAGCAGAAAGAGGCUGCAAAAGCAGAAUUGAUAAAAGAGCAGCAAAAAAUCAAGUUCUGGACUGACCAUCGGAAGCAGAAAGAAUUGCAAGAACUGAAACAGAUUCAAGAAAACCACCAGAAAGAGGAACAUAGAAAGGAGCUGCUACAGGACCGAAUGAUCAAUAAAGCAAGAAAAAAGGAUUCAGAUAUUCAACAGCAACACCAAAAUCAGCAGCUGAAGGAGAGUGCAGGGCGCAGAGUUUCAAAACAGCUGGAGCAAUUUUACCGUGAGGUGGAACAGGAGUCACAAAAGGACAAGGAGCUGCAGCACUACCUGAAGGAACGCAACCUACAAACUCUCCGAUCAGCAAAGGCCCUAUAGAAAUCCUGUCAUAUAUAUUAGUGAUGUACAUACCGCUCAUAUUACCUGUUAAGGGAAACUUUUGUGUAGACACUGGAGAGUUGUUGGUUAAUAAGCAGAGCAGUGACUUUAAAGCAGCCAUUGUAAAAGUAUUAAUCAACAAUCACUCUUAGCUAGCUACUGAAUAGCUUGACUCAUGGAAGAGCGACUGCAGUUCAUAAUAAUCAUAUAAAAACAAUAGUGUGUGUAUAUGUAUGUAUGUAUGUGUGUGUGUGUGAUGUAUUUAAAAGUAGGACUUUCUCACACUUCUCUGUCAAAUCUUCAGCAUAGACUCUAUGCUGACAGUCUGACUGACAAGAGCACAGAAAAGACCUCCCACCACAGGCAGUCCUUCUGCUCCCUCAAACAUAGCAUAAUCAGUGCAAUUGCUAUGGAAGAUCCCCAGCCAACGCUGCUAGCACUAGCUGGGGAGUAUAGGAAUGGAGUGACUAAUGUGUGUGCAUUUUAUAUGACAGGUUCACUUUAAAAGAUGCAUGGAAACCAGUUCUGUGUAAUACACACACAUCAAUAAAGCACAGUAUCAUCAAGUAAACAUGG